CGCUAUGAAAACCAGGUUAGUCCUCUUGUAGUUUACCAUCUUGUGGUAUGUGCAUCUAGCGUUGGAGUUGCAUACUUUCUGGCAGCACGAGUACUUAUGAAUAGUAUUGGCCAAGAGAAGCUGGGAUGUUCGAUACGGAAGAAAGGAAGGUAUUGGGAUACAGGUAUAGAUACCUUGUUCUUACAAUGGGUAGGGGACUCAUUGCAAGGAAUAGACAGUUUUAUUCAUCCUUCGGCCUGAUCUACAAAUGUUACAAACCUAUAUGCGGAUCGAUAUGUAAGGUCCAGACUUUUCAGUAAAGCAUAUUUUUUGUUCUUUUUGGGUUUUCGUUCUUCUCAAUCUUGCUCAUGUUACUAUCUGUUGUUCUGGCAUCAAUAGAUCAUUGCCUGAAUACUUGAUAGGCAUGAAUUUAUCUCCAUGUUGACUUAAAUGCAAGUCCUGCUAUCACUCCCCUUUUGAAAGUACUGAAUGGGCACCGGGAUUCCGCAAGAGGCCAUAGGUGCUUCUGCUGCCGUCCUGACAUACUCAUCUAUAUGCCUCAUUUUGGUCACCUUACUCAUUUGUAUGCUAUGGACCUAUGGUGAAAGAUGGACCUAUGUGACAUUCCUCGCAAAGUUCUCUGCUUUAAGCACACUUGGAUCUAUCGCACAGCAGAUACAUUAUAAUCGCUCUUGGCUCAUCGUUAAGCAUGAUGCUUAUGCGACGGCUUUAAAAGCUGUAGACACGCCAGCUUUGGGGCUCUCGGGUGUGGGAAAUAAUGUGGAUCUUGUACUAUUUACAAUUCAAUUCUAUUGUUAUAAUGUUAUGGCUUUAAUGGUGUUAUUCUGGGCUGUCAAACUUUUCUGUGGUUCCUGGGAAAUACGUGCGAACUUCCUUGGUAGCUGGCUACGAGAACACAUAUCUUUCAUAUCCAAGAUAUUUGCAAUCAUUGUGCCCGGGGUUUUAGUGGGCGUAGGGCAUGCUCCGGCUGUGCUAAGAAGCCUCGUGGCGGCUUUCAUUCUAAUGAACUCCACAAUGCUCAUAAGCUUGUCAACCGGCAGUAUCCUCAUGGUACUUAUUCUUUAUAAAUAUAUCAAAACACGGCGACUUCUGUUUGCACACGAAAAGCGUAAUGGGUGGUGGGCUUCAAGCGGUACAGCGACUGCGACUGACACAACGGGUACCGGCACUGGGACUGGGACUGGGACUGGGACUGGAACUGGAACCGGUCAAUCUAAUGCCAACAAUCGCAAAUUAGCUCGUCGCUCUGUAUACGAUCGUGCACUUAUUACCCGGUUUACGAUUGGAUUUGUUAUUAUUCUGGCUUUCGAAGUUGUGUUAAUCAUUUUUUCUCUAUUCUCCGAACAAAACUUUCAAAAACUUGCGAAAUCGUCAUCUCCCGACUUCUCGAUAUCUGGCUGUAUUACAGAUAUUAUUCUCUUCAUCCCCGGAGUCACAGCGUCACUCUUAGUGUUUCUCGUUUUCGGAACCGCCAAAUCUUUCACGCAAUAUAAAGAUUUAAUCCUUAGUUGCUGUGGCCAGCGUACGAAAUUUCCUAAAAGCAAAAGAAGAGGUGUUAUGAGAUCUGGAGAUGAGGAACAGGGUACCGAAUUUCAAAGAUUACCUAGUAUGGGAACAAAGAUCGUCACGCCUGAAGAACGAGCUGUGUUGGAAGCGAAGAUGCGAGGCAUGUUACCUGACCAACGAACAUCCGUCGGGACACAAUAUACAGAAUACACGACACAAACAGGGAAAAAAGGACCAGAAUCGUCAGUAUACACUCAUACACGAACUUUAAGUCCAAUAACAGCCAACUUUAAUUUCAGUCUUCCAGCUUCAGCCAGAAACGCAUCUCGACCCGGGAUACGCCAAGACGAACGUGAUGCAGGGGAAGCGUGGGCUAGACAAAAUGAUUUGGAAGUUGGCCUGGCAUUGGAACAAGAGUGGAGUGAUAACAGCCUUGGAAGGGAAAGAGAUUCGGCAGGAAAUACAACUGUGGGAAAUACGACAAUUCUUGAUGAUAUCGACCCAUUGUCUCAUCGGGAUUUCAUUCUGGAUGAUAGUGAUGAGCAUGAGGGAUGGACGCGAUGAAUAGGUUCAUGGGAGGAGUUCUAAUGAUUUUAUGAUUGAUACCUUCAGUACCGGAUUGAUUUUCUAUCGGUAGUUUUUGUAUAAAAAGGGGAAAUACGAGGGCCUGUUUCUAGUGAUUGCCGGCUUGCCAUAAGCGAGAAUACUAAU